GAGAUACCGGAAGUGCCUUUCUUGCACUGGAUGUACAACACUUCAAUGUGACCCCUGUUGAUACUAACUUAUUUGUUCACGUUAUCUUCGUAAAGUAAAUUUUAAAAAAAAAAAUGUUUCUUACCAGCGUGAACUUGGCUAAAGCAAAAUCCAAGACCAUCUUGGUGCAGAUGGUAAGCGCUGCUGGGACAGGAUACUUCUUUAACACGAAGAGGAAUCGGCUCAGAGAGAAACUGGUGCUGCGAAAACAUGACCCGUUUGUGAAGAAGCACGUCUUAUUCUUUGAGAAGAAGAAAAUCAGAUCGAUUUAAUACAACAAUGAAUAUGGACAUGUUAUGAACAGUUUUAUUUACACGGAUUAUACAGAGCAUUAGCUGGAAGACG